AGAUCUGACAGACGCCAGACACCAACCGCCAUCACAAAAAACGGAGACCAUAACAAUACCUCACCAUUUUUGUGGUGACAUGAUAAUGCCCAAUAGCGUAAUACUAGUUUGUUUCCUGAAUUGACCAAUUUAUGUGAAGGGAAGCAGAUACGGGCCUUAUUCUUUGGGCCUUGGGGCCAACAAAACGCGCUUCCAAAGGCAGCAUGCUUCAGCAAAACAAAGGACUUGACUUCCAAAAAGUUCCUCAUAUUCCACCACUACCACCAAUUUAUGCUCCGUCGCGCAAAACGCUUACCGAACCCCUACGUAUAGAAGCUUCACACAAUAAUUCAGCUGACAUAUUGGGUAGAACAACUGGCAAUUAUUACCCGACGUCUACUGAUGUAAGGGGACAAAACCAAAGGUUCCUAGAUGCCAACAAGUUCACUGAUACGAAUAUCAUCCAUGGAUAUAGCAAUCAAGAAACGCAAUUUAGCCAGAAUGGAUUGUCUGAAGUCAAUGUACACGAAUUGCCAAGUGGAACUGUUGUUAAAUCUGAGAUCCAUUGUGAUCACACUGUUAACUGCGAUAAUGACGAUGGUUCGUCAUUGUGCAACCCAUUGAGAUCAAUUCACCCAGAAGCUAAUACCGCGACAGGCAGUCUUGAACUAGAAGGCAAGAUGGUUGACACAGCUAUAGAAAACGUUCUAAGUCUUCCACAAGUUGUGUCUGAAGUAGCGUCCAUGCAGAAAGAUCAAACUGAUGAAGUUCAACGCCAGACUGACAUAUUGGAACAAUUGGAGAAAAAACUAGCAGAGGAGUCAGCCCUGAAAGAGGAUGUCAUCAAAGAAAUACAGAGUAUAGUUAAGAAGACUUGUAUGGUUGAGGGAGAAGUAACGCUAACCAGAAAGGCAUGCAAAAUCACACAAACAGAAUUAGAUGAGAUAGUUGACAAAAUAGAGGACACCAAAUAUGAAACAAGACUCAAGACAAUUUGUUUAGAUUCGAACGCCAGACUGUUCAACAUAUACAAAAUGAAAAUGGAAGAGUAUAAGAAGAAGGUUAACUUGGCUGAGGAACAACAUGAAAUCCACAAGAAGGUGAAAUUACAGCAAGAAAAGAUCCAUUCCCUGCAACAAAAAAAAAGGUCUAUAGAGGGGAACCCAUUGGAGACUAGUCUUAUUCUGUCUGGAGGGAAGGAACGUGCCUUGCAGUCAGAAAUAACAGCCCUCACGAAAGAACAUAAACGAUUGGAGAAACUUGUUGAUCAGAAGAAAGACCAGAUAGAGAAAGAGAAAGGAAAACAGUGGAAGACAAAGCAAGAUACGGAUGUUCUUCAUAAGAGGAAUGCAGCGCAACUAACACGACUGAAACGUCAAGUAAAUGAACUGACGUCAAGAAAACGUCAAUGGAACGAGCAGGCAUCACAGCUGGAACAUGAUAUUGCCAAAAUCAAAGAAACAUUCGGACAUGACUAACAUGUAAAUAGUACAUCAUAUGAGCCUGUUAUCAUGGUUGAACUAGUGGAUAUUUCAACUGUUCCAACUGAAAGGUUUGACAGAGAAUACGUGAGUGAUAAUAUCACCUUCCAAAUCAUGAAGAUAUUUACUGUUAUCAGUAUCAUAUAAAUCGUCAUAGAUAUUGUUAAAAAUCUUGAUGGAGUUUUCUGUAACUAUUCUAUUAUCUUGGGUUAUUAAAUUUUCAUUUGAUAAAAGCAUUCAGUGUUUUUCGCAAUUGUUUUUCCAAUCCAUACUAACAUAACUACUUUCUGUUUAGGAGCAUCUGAUGACAUUGCUAUCUCUCAUAUAUCGUCUCCGCUUUCAUUUUGCGGUCGAUUGGGUAAAUCGAUAAUUUUUGCUUUUAAGUUAUAAACCCUAGUGGUAAGGCAAAGAACUGCAUAUUCUGUGAAAAUUUAAAUUCAAUAUAAUGAAUAAAAAACGGCAUCGUUCGAUGAGGUCAUGGUGGUUCCUUAUAUUUUGAUGACGAUUUCUUCAAAACGAGGAAAAAGUAGGAGCCGCGACCAAUGGUUUAAAGUACCAGUAUGGACCCCAUAAAAUGGACAUAGCCAUUAGCUAUAGUUAGUUCAUUUUCAUUUUUCAUAAAACCGGACAGACGGACGAGUUUGUGGUUUUUAACAUAUAAUUUAUUUCCUUCAUAAUAAAAAAAUACACAAAAUAUCUACUACCAAUCGCCAUAAGCAUUCUAGGUAGUUUAAAUUACAAUAGAGGAUUAAUUUCAGUAAUCAUAGAUGGUUAUUGGUAAUGUGAGAGGUUGGGA